AUAUAAGACUCCCACUGUCUCUUCUUUUCUCCGCUGGUCUACUGUGUGUGUACCGUCUAUGCAUGUGCAUACCAUUAGCUACCUUUUAUUUACUGUGGCCUGGCUAAACGGAGAAAUAAUAUUAUAGAAUAAUAAUAGAGAGGAAGGAGACUGAAAGGAGAAACGGGUGAUUUCUUGUUUUUUCCCCUUUUAUUGCUGAGAGUUCACAAAGCUGUGGGAUGGAAAGACAUGUGGUUAAUGUGUGCAUAGACCCUCAUGAAUUAUACUUUCUGAGAAUGCAAAGAAACAGAGAGAAGAUGGAGCUACAGAUGGAGGAGCAAAAUCAGUCUAAGAGGAGGCUGAGGGUGUGUGUCGCAACAUGCAACAGAGCGGACUACUCCAAGCUGGCCCCCAUCAUGUUUGGGAUCAAAUCCCACCCUGAUGAGUUUGAACUGGAAGUGGUGGUGCUUGGCUCACAUCUGAUUGAUGACUACGGGAACACAUUUCGUAUGAUCGAGCAGGAUGACUUUGACAUCGGCUCCAAACUCCACACUGUUGUAAGAGGAGAGGACGAGGCAGCCAUGGUAGAAAGUGUGGGGCUAGCUUUGGUAAAACUCCCGGAUGUGCUUCAGAGACUGCACCCUGACAUCCUGGUUGUCCAUGGCGACCGCUUUGAUGCACUGGCACUUGCAACUGCUGCAGCGCUGAUGAACAUACGAAUACUUCACCUUGAAGGAGGAGAGGUGAGUGGAACAAUAGAUGACUCAAUCCGUCAUGCCAUCAGUAAAUUGGCCCACUACCACGCUUGCUGCACACGCAGGGCAGAGCAGCACCUUAUUGCCAUGUGUGAGGACCACUCUCGCAUCCUUCUUGCUGGCUGCCCUUCCUACGAUAAGCUGCUGGUGUCACAUCACAGAGAGGACUACAUGGAUAUUAUCAAGAGCUGGCUUGGUGACAAGGUGAAGGAGAAUGACUAUAUUGUGGCUCUGCAGCACCCAGUCACCACAGAUAUCCAGCACUCUAUUAAGAUCUAUGGACUAAUGCUGGAUGCGUUACUCUCCUUUAACAAGAAGACGCUCAUCCUCUUCCCUAACAUUGAUGCAGGAAGUAAGGAAAUGGUGCGCGUAAUGCGAAAAAAGGGCAUCGAGCAGCACCACAACUUCCGCGCGGUGAAACACAUUCCCUUUGAGCAGUUCAUCCAGCUGGUUUGCCAUGCCGGCUGCAUGAUUGGAAACAGCAGCUGUGGAGUUAGAGAAGCAGGGGCCUUUGGUACUCCUGUCAUUAACCUGGGGACAAGACAAACGGGUAGAGAGACAGGUGAAAAUGUUCUCCAUGUUAGAGAUGCUGACACCCACAAUAAGAUUUACCAUGCUCUGGAGCUGCAGUUUGGAAAACGAUACCCCUGCUCUAAGAUUUAUGGUGAUGGCAACGCAGUGCCUCGUAUUCUCAAGUUUUUACGUGCUAUUGACCUGGAAGAGCCCCUCCAGAAGACUUUCUGUUUCCCUUCUGUCAAAGACUGCAUCUCCCAGGAUAUUGAUCACAUCCUGGAGACACAGAGUGCCCUGGCUGUUGAUCUGGGUGGGACCAACUUAAGAGUGGCAAUCAUCUGCAUGAGGGGCAAGGUAGUAAAGAAAUAUACUCAACCCAACCCAAAGACCUUUGAGGCCAGGAUGGAACUUAUACUAAAGAUGUGCAGAGAUGCCAUGCGGGAUGCUGUCCGCCUCAACUGUAGAAUACUUGGUGUUGGAGUGUCCACAGGUGGGCGUGUUAACCCACAAGAAGGUGUGGUAAUGCAUUCCACAAAGCUGAUCAAAGAGUGGUCCUCGGUGGACCUGAGGACACCCAUCUCUGACGCCCUGCACCUGCCCGUCUGGGUCGACAAUGACGGCAACUGUGCUGCACUGGCUGAGAAGAAGUUUGGUCACGGCAAAGGAGUGGAGAACUUUGUUACAGUCAUCACAGGAACCGGAGGUAAAUAUGUUGAUGCUGCAGGUAUUGGAGGAGGGAUCAUCCAUCAUAAUGAGUUGAUCCACGGCAGCACCUUCUGCGCUGCCGAGCUGGGACACAUCAUGGUGUCAUUAGAUGGUCCAGAGUGCUCGUGUGGCAGCCAUGGGUGCAUCGAGGCUUAUGCAUCUGGCAUGGCCUUGCAGAGAGAAGCCAAAAGAUUGCAUGAUGAGGACCUGCUGAAAGUGGAAGGCAUGGAUAUGAAACUUUCAGAGCCAAUUACUGCUGCCCACCUCAUCAAUGCAGCCAGACUGGGCAACUCCAAAGCUGAAGCUGUUCUCAAUAAGGCUUGUACAGCAUUAGGUGUGGGCAUUGUCAACAUCCUCCACAUCGUCAACCCAUCGAUGGUGAUUUUGUCUGGAGUCCUGGCUUCGUACUACCAGGCUCCAGUGCAGCACAUCGUCUCUCAGAGAGCCCUGUUCUCAGCCCAGAGUAUCAAGGUUGUGUCAUCAGACUUGGAGGAACCUGCUUUACUUGGCGCUGCUAGCAUUGUGUUAGACUAUGCAACUAGAAGGUUAUACUAAAGGACAUCCUCUUUGCCUCCUAAACUGUCUAAGAAUCACUCUCAACAAGAUGAGUGAAAGAAGUACUUAUACUGCCCAAAAGGAUACAUAAAUAUUAGUUUGAGUUAGAGCUUAGCACAUUUUUAAUGUAUAAUUUUUUAUUUUCACAAACUUGGGAGAAUGUUUUCUCAAACCAAGUUAGAUGCUGAUCAGAUUCCAACUGGGAUACUUGAGGUGUGAAUGGGUCCUUUGCCUUUGGUCACAACUGUCUUAGUCAAGAUUAAACUGAAAAAGACAAAACAUGUGUAAGUGUUUAGUAAAAGUAAGAUACAAAGCCAUUUUAAAGCAGAAAUUCCCCAUAGUACAUUUGAGUGGAUUCAGUGUCCGUCAUUAACUGGAAAACCCUGUUUCAGAUGUGACCAAAAUGUUGCUUAAACAUGCUCCUGUAGGUUUUUGUCUUUUAUCCUUUUCUGCCUGAUGCCUCCUUUUCUACAAAUUUUGAUUUAUUUUCAUUUUUUAUCUAUUUGAGAUAUAGGUGACUGUCAUAUUUCCAUAUUUUAUUAUUUAAUUAUGUAAAGAGUGAGGUGAUGUGCAUGUGAAACAACCAGUUCUGUUGGAGGUUGUCUUCAUUCGUUGAAAUUCUACGGUGACUUGUGCUAAUGAAAUGUUAAGCCACCAGCUGCUUCAUAUUCAUGACUGUUACGAUUAAGCCCUGAAGGUUUUAUCUUUGCCUGAAUCAGGUAAAGUGUUAAAUAUAAGUGUCAUUGCCACAACUUCAUGAAUGUUUGAAACCAUUCUUGAAGUCAUUUUCUGUUUCAGCCUCUGAAGAUUUUAUCUCAAGCCUUUGGUUUAAAUAUGUAAUUUCACUGGUUUAUGUUGGUCCAAAUAAAAACAAUGUCUUGCCUUAGACAAACAUUAA